AUGACACGGGCUGAGCUGACAGCGUUCGACAUCGAGACUGAACUCGGCCCACUCCUCUGCGAGUCCUCCUCCAUCUUUGGACCGGAAGAUCCUCGAUGGUUGAGGGCCACUCUCCGAUAUGAGGAAUACCUCCCUCCACAAUUCACAGUCAUUGCCGAGGUUGGAUGUGAGUCCGAUGUCUCCACCGUGAUUGACUACGCGAAUCGAAAUGGCAUUUCUUUCUACACUUUUAACCGAGGCCAUGGGUGGCCAAUGACUCAAGGGAACUUCAGAGGUCUGGGGAUUGACAUCCACCUUUUGAGCAAUAUCACCGUGGACCAUGAGCGGCAAAUUGCCCUGGUACAAGGCGGUGUCGAAACACAAAACUUGGUGGACACGCUCUGGAAAGAGGGAUUUGUUACUCCGACGGCAUCCUGCGCUUGCAUCGGACAUCUUGGUCCAGCUCUCGGUGGAGGCCACGGAAGGUAUCAAGGGCUCUACGGCCUGAUGAGCGAUAACUUGGUGCAACUCAAUGCUGUCCUCGCCAAUGGAACGUCCAUAUCUGUCUCGAAUGAUUCUCACCCCGACCUGUUCUGGUCCAUGAAAGGUGCUGGUCAUAACUUCGGUGUCGUGACGAGUGUUGAGUUGAAAGUCUACCCGGCUCCAACCAAGACGUGGUAUUUCCGAAACUACUUCUUCACCAAAGACAAGUUAGAGGGCCUAUUCAGUGAGCUUAAUAAGCUGAUAGGUAAUGGACAACCGCUCGAACUGGACUUUCAUUUCGGACAUUACGAGUGGAACUCGUUAAUCAGCACGACCGAUGCCGUUCUCUGGUGGUCGUUCAGUUACAUGGGCCCUGAGAGCGAAGCGGAAAAGUAUCUCACUCCAUUCAAUAAUCUUGGACCGAUUAAUGUCGUCGGGGGCGCCGUCCCAUAUCCCGCCAUGGAUACUGCGACGCGUAACGGCAGGUUCAGUUUACCCUGCGUGAAGGGGCUUUCCAAAAUGAUGUCUACGACUGGCCUGCAACAGUUUAAUGUGACUGCGUUUCGACAAGUUUACGAAUUAUUCAAUGCGUAUCUGAAGAAGUACCCUGCCUUAAAGCUAUCUAUCCUCUUACUUGAGGUAUAUAACCCGGCAGCGAUACGGGCUAUUGAUGCAACCAGCUCAGCAUUUCCACACCGUGCUGACAAUAUCCUGGCACUUGCCAUGCCCGCAUACCCACCCAAUCUUCCUCUCGAGGAACCCGCGAAACGACUAGCCAACGGCAUACUCGAGUUGUUGAUGGAAGGCCAGCCUGGCAGAUUGCCAACUGUGAAUGUUAACUACGCGUUUGGCUGGGAACCUUUAGAGUCAGUGUACGGGUACGAGCCAUGGCGUUUGGAGAAACUACGGGCAGUGAAGGCCGAGUACGACCCAGACAACAAGUUUUCCUACUAUGUUCCGAUUGUUCCAGAAUAA